GAGAGAAAUAGGAUUGGACCAGGCAGACCGCUGAUGCGCCUGAGCGUGCUCCUUCUAUUCCAUAGCUGAUGUUCAAGAGGUGAGGGAGAAGGGGUUUUAUAUUUGUUUGUUUGUUUGUUUUGUUUUGUUUGUUCGUUUUUAGAUGGAAAUCGCUCUUGAUUCUCUAUCUGCCGGGAUUUUAUGGAGAAGAGAGAAUUCAAAGCUGCAAUCAGUUCACGACUCAGGAUUGUGGACGCCGGAACCCAGCAGCAGUCUGGUGUAGGAGAGUCUGGGAAUCCAUGAUCCAGGAAAAUUCACAAGGCAACCAGUGGCUUCAUAUCCAGGCCAAACAAUGACCCACUAAAUGUCACAGCAAUGAUAGACUCCAGAGUAGCUGAAACAGAGUGUAUUUGAGCUUGUAAGCAUACUGCACUAGCGGAACUGUGGCUGCAUGGAGCCAGGGUUGACCAGCACUGCCAUUGUGUUAAUGUUGCCUAGCUGACACAGAUGAGUGGAUCUGUGUCUAUCGGGCAAGAGCUUGUCUCAGCCAAAAGACAAGCUCUUGACCAAAAGUCUGCAAAUAUUUCACUGGACAAUCUUGGAGGCACAUGAAGUACACCGCCAUUGAAAAAACUGUGCAAGCACCAGAACCCAUGACAUUUCCAGAGACGCCAAUGGAUUGCUAGAACGUGUUCUUUUAGUACCAGAAGUACUAUUCCUGUUAUGUAAUAUUAUUUUUAUAAAUUGUGGGGUCAGAGCAGUAGAAUUCUCACUAUGGUUUUGCCUCCCCCUGACAAGCAGCAUGUGUGUCUCACUACCAUCGUCAUCAUGACCAGCAUGGCCAUCAUGGACGCUUACCUGGUGGAGCAGAACCAGGGUCCACGUAAGAUUGGCGUUUGCAUCAUUGUAUUGGUAGGGGACAUUUGCUUCCUCAUUGUUCUGCGCUAUGUUACUGUUUGGGUAGGGGCCGAGGUGAAGACUGCAAAGCGUGGCUAUGCCAUGAUCCUCUGGUUCCUCUAUAUCUUUGUCCUGGAGAUUAAACUGUACUUUGUUUUUCAAAACUACAAGGCUGAGCGUCAGACUGCGGAGACGGUCGCUCGGAAAGCUUUGACUCUGCUGCUUUCGGUCUGUGUUCCUGGGCUGUAUUUUGUCUUGGUGGCUUUGGAUAGCAUGGAUUAUGUAAGAACGUUCCGGAGAAAAGAAGACAUGCGAGGUAGAUUGUUCUGGGUGGCACUGGACUUACUGGAUGUACUGGACAUCCAAGCUAACUUAUGGGAACCACAGCGGACGGGACUGCCCAUCUGGGCUGAGGGACUAAUGUUCUUCUACUGUUACAUUCUUCUGCUGGUUUUGCCGUGUAUCUCUCUCAGCGAAAUCAGUUUGCAAGUUGAGCACAUGUCCCCAAAAAAGAUGAUGCUUUACCCUGUGCUCAGCCUGGUCGCCAUUAACAUUGUUACCGUUCUCAUCCGUGGAGUCAAUAUGGUGCUUUUUCAGGACAGCCGAGUCUCCACAAUCUUUAUAGGUAAGAACAUUGUGGCCUUAGCCACCAAAGCCUGUACAUUCCUGGAGUAUCAUCGGCAGGCUAAGGAAUUCUUGCCACAAGACCCUGGAACCAUUGCUAUGGAGAUACAGCAGAACUCAGGGCCACACAAUCAAAAGCUGCCAAAUCCUACUACUAACUUUCCAGAAGAGUCAUCAGCCCCUCAUGAGAUCAUUGACACGUGACCAAAGCUCAGAAAUGCUAAACAUUUAGGGUCAAAUCCCACUGAAAAGAUUUUGGGAUGUUGGACACUGAAGUAGAAUGAACACAAAUGUGAGCUGUUUAUUCACUUUUGCAAGUUCAUAUAUGAUAGGUGUAAGUAAAUUUCAUUUAAUUAAAAUUUUUACCUCAUGUUGUACAUUAUAUAGAUAAUAGAUUAUGGACACCUGAUAAUAAGAUUGUUGAACAUCCUAUUCAUUCCAUUAUUUAGUCCCCAUUUGCUGUUGUAAUAACCUCUGGGAAGAUAUUACACUAUAUUUUGGAGUGCGGCUGUGAAGAUUUGUGCUUAUUCAGCCAUUGGGGGUGUUAUUAUACAGUCGGGUGCUGAUGUAGGUGAGGUGACGGGGCCUGGAGUGCAAUAGCAUUCAAAUUUAUCCCAAUGGUGUUCAAUAGGGUUGAGCUCAAAGACAGACCACUCAAGAUUUCCCACUCCAACCCAGGUAAAACAUAUCUUAAAAGAGCUGGAUAUGUGUAUGGGGCAUUUGUCAUGGUGGAACAGGUUUGGGUCUCCUAGUUCAAGUAAAAGCAACCAAAUCCAAAGACAUUUUAUAAACUUGGGUGCUUCUAAUUUUGUGGUAACAAUUUGGGGAAGAAUCACAUAUUGCCAGAAAAGUUUAGGUGUCCCAAUAUUUUGUCCAUAUAGUGUGGCUGAAUAGUAUCUUGGUAGAUUGGUCAAAAGGUUACUUACACACACUUAUACAUCUUGUUUAACAUUUACAUCCAGUCUGUUUUCUAGGACGGACCCUAUUGUGAACUUUGUCUUUCAAGGAAUAUGGUUAUUUGGGCUGGUGAAGAAGUUUCUUCAGCUUAAUGUUUGACAUUGACCUUCCUUUUUAUUAGGAACCUUUUUCUCUCUUCUCUUAAAUAAAAGCAUGGCCUAUGCAAAUAAAUGAAUAGUGGACAUUGACUUCCAAAGUGAAAUGCGAUGGGGAUGUUUCAGGGCGUUCUAAUGAGUUUAAUCAUAUGUACUGGGUGGAAUUUUGGUGAGACUGAAGUAGCAUUAAUACUGUAUCUGUAAAAAGGGACAGAAUGACUAACGUGAAUAAAGAAGAGUAGGGAAGAACUGUAUAAUUUAAGAGUGCAAAUUAAUUGUCGUCGCAAUUACGCACACGACCAUUACGAGUUUGUUAAGUAAGGGAUGCUCGAAGUCUUGAAACAUGAAUUGUGUUGCUGUGGUUAAUAACAACGUGAAUGCAAUCGUUUUUAAAGAUAUACUUAAUAUUAAAGAGCAGAUUUGACGCCUUUUGUAUGAACCCUUUUGUAUGUUUCAUUACAGAAAAAAAAUAAAAACCUUCAAGUGAUCAAUAAGGGUUGCAUAUAUUAAAAAACUGUAGUUUUCAUUAUGUGUGAUAAAUACAGGAGGAAUGUUGUUGCCACGUGUAAAGCGUAUUAUACUUGACAAAGUUCAUUCAAAAUUAAUUUUAUAUGAAUGUAUAUAUAAAUGUGGUAAAUCUCAAAAUUGUACCUAAUCAUAUGUGAAUUCUACCCAAUGGGCUUACACUUACACGUUGAUUAUUUCUUGGUUCGCACAGCAGCUCAAAUUAGAAUUCAUUCUUACGUUCGAUUUAUAAACAGAACACAGAAAGAUGAUGGUUUGCAAUUAAGUCAAGUGAAGUCGUAUUAGACUGGUCCCAUUGUGUCCAGAAAUACAAAUUAUUUUGGAUGUGACAACAUAAUAAUUAUUUUAUUAAACAUGCACAAACCAUAGUAGGACAUCUCAUAAAUCUGAUCUGAGCUGCUGUCUUUGAAUGUAGUCUAUGUUUGUAGUAAGUGUGUGAUAUGAAUAUUUCUAUUAUUAUUAUUAUUAUUAUUAUUAUUAUUAUUACUAUUGGCUCUCACUUUUUGCAAGAGCUAUUAAGAGAAAUUUAAAAACACAAACUUUGUUUUAAAUGUCAUCACAUGGUUAGCAUAUACUCCUAUGCCAUUUCCUACAUUCCUUCUGCAUUCUAUACAUUUCUAGACUUUUAAACCGAAAGGCAGUAUUUAAUUCUUACAGACUUCCACUAUUAUCCGUGUCUCUAUUUUCUAAAAUAUAUUCAUUUCAGACCUUUUUCAUUAUAGUUUUGCAUCUUCAGUCACAGGCUGUAUUUAUUAUUUUUUAAUUAAUUAAUUGAUUAAUUAAUUAAUGAAUCAAUUAAAUAAAAAUUUUUUGGGGGGGGGAUUAAUAUACCUUUUAUAAUAUACCUUUAUAACCUUUACUUUUAACGUUUGUCCAUUUUAUUUUCUGAACAACUCCGACAACUUUCUCCCUUGUUUUCUUUGUUCGAUGUUCAGUGCAGGGUACACAAUAACACCAAACAGCCGACUGACUUCUUCUCUUUAUUAAAAUAUAGCUGAAUGACUGAUCACAAGACGUGUGAUAAUAAUUAAAGAAAGCAGUUACUUCAAAACAGCACUAGAAUCCAAUUGUUUAUAUCAUUAGUGGUACUAGCAAAUUUGUCCAUGCCAUUUUCAUUUUUUAUUUUUUUAAUAUUCAGUCGAAUCAGAAAUUAAAAAGCAAUGUCUGAUUAUUUUUUAUUGAAUGUGGAAUAAAUACCGGGGGAUGCAAAUUACUCUUGUCUGUUCAAUUUAUUUUAU